CUAAUUCAAGAAUCUACCUACCCUAUUUGAUGGUUCGAGGGGCCUUCCUCUGUUGUUUGCUUCAAGUUGCUACAGUACCUUUUUGUUCGUCUUUGUCCUUUGCAAUGUCAGCAAACUGUCUGAACUAUCCUGACCACAGGAGAUCAUCCCAGCCUCUCAUCAGUCGCCCUUGAUCACUGAUCCCGAGGCAAUGGCUCGGCGCAGAUGAGGUGAGUGACUUGUGUCUUGAUUAGUAUAUCUCCUAGGGCGUAAGAUAAGCAAUGCAGCAGUAAGGCAGCCUCGUUCCGACCGUACGGAAGAACUUCGUGACAGAGAAAGCUGUUGCCUUUUCAAAAUGAUGCUCACUAAGCUCGCUCUCUGUCAUAUAUACAGCGAGUGCGAGAACAACCAUUCAAGAUGUAGCAAGCAUAUAAAUCGGCCACGAUGUCAUCUGUCGACAGGCUCGCCCUUCACAGUCGUCACCUGGAACAGUAACCCACAGCAGCGAACAAAAUGGCAGCAGAGCGCCGAUUCGAGCAACUCCUCGCCCGGCAUCGGGAAGGCCUCCCGGAAUACAAAAAGCCAUUGGCAAUGAAGAACUUCAUUGGUAUGCCCCAGACUCCAGAGAAUGGAAGGAUCUUUAUCGUCUCGUGCUCUGACGCCCGCAUCGAACCUGCAGAGUUUCUCAGGCUGAAGAAAGGGGAAGCGAAUAUCAUUCGUGUUGCUGGCGGUCGAGUGCAAGAACAGGUGCUUCGUUCGCUGGAGAUCAUGGGAACCAUUGCUCCGAUAGGUCUUGUGGUGGUUAUUCACCAUAGCGACUGCGGUGGUAUGAACACCACGGACGAUGAGAACCGUGCCCGACUGUCUGCACGUGCUCCCGAUCACGCGUAUGAAGUCCGAGAUAAGAUAUUUGGCACAUUCGGUCAUAUUGGAGUUGAGAACUGCAUUCGUGAAGAUGUGGAGAGGGUGCAGGCUUGGCCUUUCCUGCCCAACUUCGCAAAGGUCGUAGGAUAUGCCCUUGAUGAUGAGACCGGGGAGCCGAGGCAGGUCGUGUAA